ACGGCACAACAUGACUAAUUGUUUAGCAGGUCAUAUUUAUUUUUUUUCACUGCUGCAUUGUCGUUUAUAACAGGUUUGUGCACGCCGGCGCAGGUGAGUGACGCAGUCCAUCAGCAGGACGCACUGUUCUUCUCUGAAAUAACCAUUCACAACUUUCAAAACACUUUACGCGUGGAGUGGGGGAGCCGUGGGCUGAAUGCACUUCUUACAUCAGCACUGACACGGAUACAAAAGCAGAGCAGCUACAGGGAGGCAGGCCAAAAACUCUCCACAAGUGAUCCAUACGAGCUGUGUGCGCGCACUGACGAGACGCGGCGUAAUGGACGUACAGUCACUGAAAGAGGUGAAGAAGCCGCGGACACUGGGCUGCAGCAUCAAGCUGUUUGUGCUGUGCCAUGGCCUCCUGCAGCUCUCUCAGCUCCUCUACAGCUCCUACUUCAAGAGCACCAUCACCACCAUCGAGCGCCGCUUUGGCCUCAGCAGCUACUCCUCUGGGACCAUCUCCUCCCUGCAUGAGGUGAGCAACACGGUGCUGAUCGUGUUUGUGAGUUACUUUGGCCACAGAGUUCACAGACCGCGUUACAUUGGAGUGGGAGGGCUGUUGAUGUCAGUGAGCGCCCUCAUCCUCACUCUACCUCACUUUUUGUCCGACCCAUACGAAUACGACUCAGUGCUGCACAACCGCCAUGACAUCUGUAAUCUGCACAGUAACUCCACCCAGCCCGAGUCAUGUGGUCGCGACGAUACGAAGCGAUUGGCCGAGAGCAGCACCCUGUGGCUGCUCAUGGGCAUCGCUCAGCUGCUGUUCGGGGUCGGGUCGGUGCCCAUUCAGCCGUUUGGCAUCUCCUACAUCGACGACUUCGCUCGCCCCGGGAACUCUCCUCUCUAUAUAGCCAUCCUGUUUGCCAUCUCCGUGUUCGGCCCUGCCUUUGGUUUCCUGCUGGGUUCUGUUAUGCUUCGUAUCUACGUGGACAUCAACAGAUCUGACUUAGAGGCCGAGCUUGAGCUGAAUCCAUCUGAUCCGCGUUGGGUCGGGGCCUGGUGGAUGGGCCUCCUCAUCACCUCGGGCUGCCUCUUCCUCACCUCUCUGCCCUACUUCUUCUUUCCUCGCAGAAUGCCUCCAGUGCAAAAUGUGGUUGAACCUGAAAAUGACGUAAGCAGUGAUCUGAAGAAACCAGAUGUGUCUUUACUGGAAUUUCUCAAAAUGUUUCCGCGGAUGUUCGUGCGCCUCCUUCUCAGUCCUCUCUUCCUCCUCCUGGUUCUGGCUCAGUGCUGUUUCUCCUCGGUGAUCGCAGGACUCGCCACUUUCCUCAACAAGUUCCUGGAGCGUCAGUAUGGCGCCUCAACGGUCUCUAGCAGCCUGCUAGUAGGUGCUGUGAAUCUGCCUUCUGUUGCUGUGGGGAUGCUGAUUGGAGGAGUGAUCAUGAAAAAGACCAAUCUCUCUCUAAAAACCAUCCCUCGUUUCUCUGUGUUCAUGCUGGUCCUGUCCACACUCGUCUGCGUCCCGCUCUUCUUCAUGGGCUGUCCCACACAGAAAGUGUCUGAGGUCAACACGCGUCAGGAUGGGUCGAUGCCCAGGUGUUACUCCAACUGCUCAUGUCCCACCAGUGCCUUCCACCCCGUGUGUGGGUCCGAUGGUGUAGAGUACAUCUCCCCUUGUCACGCCGGCUGCACCAACUUCACCAAAGUUCCCAACAACACACACAAAAUCCAGAUGUAUACAAAUUGCAGGUGUAUCCCAGGUGCUCAGGGAUACGCCUAUCCCACCUCUUGUGCAAACAGCUGCCCUCACCUCCUCAUCCCCGUCAUCCUGGUCAUUUCUGUGGCUGCUCUCAUCGCCUGCUUCACCCACAACCCCAUGUACAUGAUGGUGCUCAGAACGGUUCCCUCUGAAGAAAAAUCAUUUGCCAUAGGAAUACAGUUUCUGCUAAUGAGAGUGUUAGCUUGGCUUCCUGCCCCAGCUCUGUUUGGGACGGCCAUCGACACAUCUUGUAUUUGGUGGAGGCGGAUGUGUGGAAGGAAAUUCAGCUGUGGAUACUACGACAAUGAUAUUUUAAGAAACAGGUACUUGGGUCUGCAGGUGGGCUAUAAGAUCAUGGGCAUCGUGCUUCUCAUGCUGCUGGGCUGGAAGGUGAAGAGGACUCAGGAGUACAACCUGGAGAAAAGACCAGAAGGACCCCUGUAGUUCUGGUCAAAACCGGUUCAUCCUGGUCAAAUCCUGGUCUAGUCCUGGUUCAAUCCUGGCCUAAUCCUGGUUUAGUCCUGGUCCAGUCUUGGUCUGCACUGCACCUAACUGGUUCACUUUCAGUGUCUGUGGUUUUAAGAGUCACUUUGGACUUUUUGCAUUUUCAACCACGCUGCUGUUAAAGGGGAUAAACCACAGUCACUAAUGGGCUAAACUGACUUAAUCUCCAAUGAGCCUAACGUUGUCUACACGCAGGCUGCUUUGGAUAUGAGGGGCGUCUGGUGAAAUUUUCUCCAGAACUAUUUCCAUUUGCAUGUUGCAGUGGGAACCGAUUUGUAACUAGUUUGUAUAGCUUAAUAUUUAAGUUUUAUUUUAGUGUUUUGUCUCAUACAGUGAGACACAUUUCACCUAUAAUAACAGCAUGUGUAGCUUGUGUCACGUUUUAUAUUUUUACCAAAAAGUUGUAUCUGUUUUUAAUCAAAUAAUAAAUCACCCAUGCGUUA